AUGCGAGUGCUUUUUCACACUCCGCCGCCCACUUUUCUCCUCUCCGCCUCAUCUGCCCCACGACUCAGCUGUCUCUCCUUCUCUUCACUCGUCGCAACUUGCCACCAACCCCGUCUGCUUGCGUCAGUCUGCUCGUCUGCCUCGGCCAGAUGGGCUCAUCAGCUGAUGCGUCUCCACUCCUCUCACAUUUCGCCUGUAUGUCUGUAUUUGUGUCUAUGUGGGUGUGUGUGUGUGUGUGUGUAUGCAUGUCGGUAUAGACGAGGACACCUUGUUUCGGGCAUUGAGACUACCGACCAAUACUUUGCCUCGCCUCGGCUCGCCUCGCCUCGUCUCCGUCCCAUCCGGUCCUUCCUCGAGCGUCCACGAGACGGUAAAGACGAGGAGACAGCCCAAACGGCCAGUUGA